AUGCGCGUCUUUCCGGCGCUGCUGCGGCGCCGUCGGCACCCUUCGCGCGGCUCGCCUCACCGCCUUGCGCCAUCUGCGCCGCUGCGCUCGACGCCUCUCUCUGUGUCUCUCUCCGAUCCGCCGUUUGUGUUCUUCCCUGCGUUCGUCGCGUGGCUCGCAGGCCUCUCGCCGGCGCAAGCCACUUCGCUCCUCCUGCAGGCCUCGGUUCGUCUGCGCCGCGGAUGCGGAGAUGACGCCGAGCGCCCCGCAGUCGACUGCUGGGAGGCUGCGCUGCUCAGAGAGGCUGGAAGGGAGGAGCCUGGGCGGUCGCAGCGCAGCCGGGACCGCGCCGUGCGCGAAGAGGCCCUGCGUGCGGGCUUCUCGCCCGGCGACCUGAAGGCCGUGGAGAAGGCGCUCUUUCGACUUGUCUCCCAGCAAUUCCUUCUCUUCGACUUCCUCGCCUCGAAAGACGCGUACGGGGGGCCUGCCGACCCGCCGUGGACCGCGCCACUCGCUGCGUGCGCUGCAUGCGAGGCAACUCUCGGGCCGCGAUGCGCCUUCGACCCUCUCCUUUCCGACCGAUGCAUGCCGCUGUAUGGCGGCGACCGGGACAUUCCCCUCGGAGACGCUCAAGCAGUCCCGGCGGCCGAGAGACUGCCGCGGCGACUCCAGGGGGGUGACUGCGCCGACGGGAACGUGGUGGAGGACGGGCUGGCGCCUAGAGAUGCCGAGGUGUUUGUCGGGGGGCAGGGCGAGCUUCAGAGUUUCGGUCGAGGCGAGGAAGGGGACCGAAAGAUUUUCUGGUCACGGACAGGACCUGUGGAUGCGCGGCGGAGCGGGCGCGUCUUGGGAGUCUCCCCAGACGAAGACCUCUCUGUCGAUGGAUUCCCCCGUGGUCUGGUGUCUCUUCCGCCCACGGUAUGGCGGCUCCUGCGUCGAGGCUUCUUCUCCCUGGACCCGCGCUUCGUUCUCCACCUGCUGCUCCUGCCGCAGGUCCACCGGAAAUGGAUUCUGCCCGUCUCGCCGGGUGCGCCGGAGGAGUUCGCGACCGAAGGAUGCGAGGCGUUUUCUGCAGCGUCAAACCAGGAGGCGCCGCGGACGCGCCGCGUCCUGCAGAGCAUCGGCCUCCGGAUCUUCCUCCGCUUGUUUCGCAAGCACAAGUCGCACGACCUCGAGCGCGCGGUCUGCGCCGCUCUUGCGACCCAGGCGAACUGCGCGCUCGCCGCGGUGUGCAGACAGCUGGACAACCUGCGGCGGGUAGCACAGUACCUCGCGCUCGCGGUCCGCCAGCAGCGGCGGCUCCUCGCGGAAACCUGCAACUCCGUCGGGCACCUCCCGCCACACUUGUUCGGGAAGUUCCUCAGCCCCUUCUCCUGGACGAAGCAGACGCCCGAGAUCGCGCUCUCUGUCCUCACAGACAUUGCCGUGCGGGCAGCGGUCUCGGGAUGGGAGGGCAGCGACGAGGAGAGAAGCGACAGCGACGAGGCCAGCAGACGAGGCAGUCCGCGUGCUUCCUUCGGGUGGCCGCAACAACACCCAGUUGGCGCCGACGCGCGGGGCGGGCAGACCGCACCCAGGCCCACCGCCGCCGACUCUGCCGGUGUUUUCCCAGGUGUAUGUACACCCGACGGCGCGCCGCUCGCUGUGGCGGUCGCGGUCGACGUUUUAACUCCGGGAUUUCUGGGCCCUGCGCUCGGAUACACCUACUGGCGGUUGUUUUUUCUGUUGCAGCACGACAUGCAGAUCCCGUUGGCCGCGGGCUUUCACGUUGAGGCUGCUCGCUUGGCGGCGUGGAACCGAGGACGAGAAGGCCCGCAGCUCGACGUUUCUCACGGGCCGCGCGCGAGGCUGGAGACGCACCCCGUCCAUCUGCGCAGGAGCGCGAGCGCAAGGCCGACAUCGCCGAAGAGCACAGGACGUUUCUUCGCGAAAACGUCUUGGCGCUCGGCGGGUCGCGUGACCUGUGAAAGCUCGGAUGGUUUGGCGCCCUCGCCCGCGGUCUGGUCCGCGUCGCCCUCGUGUCUUUCGCCGCUCGCGGCUUCGCCCAGGGCGCCUCUUUGCUGCUUCGGGUGUAUAGACGCCGUGGUCCAGCAGCUGCUCACGUUCAUGUUCGCCGUCCCUGCGCGCCCCGCUGACCGCGAGGCUGCUCUCUCCGCCUCUGCGCGCACCCAGCGCUGGUGCGGAGUUCGUCAUCGAGAGCGCAGCAGAGUCCGCGAAAAGGGGCAGAGAGAGUGGCGGCGGGAGGUCGCGCGCGCGGCGCAGGAAGCGGCAACUUUUCAGAUCCCCGCGUGGUGUAUGUACAGCAGCUCCGUCGUCCUCGAGAGGUGGACUGCGCUCUGUGGGGGCGUCGCCGGUCUGGGGAGGAACGCGACGGGGGCCUCAGGGCCUCUCGACUUCGAAUUGCUUCGCCAGCGCGUCUGCCUGCAUGCAGCGCGGCUCCGGGCCAAGGCUCGCGUGGAGCCGGAGCCGGAGCCGGCAGCGAACGAGGAAGUCGAGCCUUCAGAGUCUGCGCGUCGGGAAGGACAGCGGGAGAGCGACCGCGCAGCCAGAGACUGGAGGAAAGAUGCCACGGACAGUGGAGGGUCCGAAGCGGCAGGGGCGCGCGAGAGAGAAGCAGGAACAGUGCAGCGGUCGGAAAAGGCGGUGAGAGGCCAAGGAGAGGCAGCGGGCUCUCGCUUGGGGAUGCCUGCCAAUCUGACAGUACACUCGAGACCUGGACACGAACGUUCAGGUAGGGACAGAGAAGAGGGAGAAGAGAGAAAAGAGAGAAAAGGGAUGGAGGACGAGGACACAAACGAAGGGGUGACGGAUGCGCCAAAAAUCGAUCUCGUGUUGACAGAGGCGGAAGCGACUGCAGGUUUGCAUGCGUUUCUCUCCUUUCUUUUCUGUUUCUCGUCUCCUCGACUCUUCCGGCUUGCCCUCGUCCACCUCUGGGACCUCAGCCACGCCGUCGGCUGCAGAACCGGCACAGCCCGCGCGAGCGACCAGCGGCGUCUGGCGACGUUGGGCCUGUCGCCCGCCGCGCGGGGUGUACGUACACCGGAGCCCCAGGGGUGCAAGGGCUGUCGCGCGCCGUCCAGAGACGAGCGGGGAUGCGAGGCGGAAGCCUCGGCCAAGGAGCCGACUCAGGGGACAGCAUGCGGUGUAUGGACACCGCAGAGUGAAGAGGGGCGAGGACGAGGGACUGGCGUUUGCGGAGCCCCGUCGGAGAGGCCUCGACGGACACGAGGCGAGGCCCGGGGGGACCGGGAAGGAGACACCUCUUGCGCGGACCUGCCGGUUUUCUUCGGCGCCAUCGAGAGCGCUUUGCUGGAAGCUCUGUUUCACCUAGAUCUUCCCGAAACCGGUGACCACGCGCCUCUCCGUUCUCCGCGAGACUUGACUAAGAGAGCCCAGUGUUCGGUAGAGGAAGCUCAGGCAGAGGACUCCCGGAAAACAGAAGAAUCUGCAUUUUGCAGCAGGGGCAGCCGAGUCUCCGGCAGCUUCGUCGAGGGCGGACAAGUCGAAACAGUGGAGAGCAAGAACUCGAAGUGCGCGAAAGAAAACGCCGAAGAAACGAGUAAACCGGUUUCUGGGCGACGGAAGCGAGACGCGGAAGAUGUGCCUAACGAACGGGUUGAGCGAAGUCAGAAGGAAAAAGGAAGCAGCAGAGAAGGGAAGGAGAAACUGUGCAGUGACGCGCGGGCCGCAGCGCAGGCAAGUGUUUUCCUCUCGCAGUGCUGCUCCUUCGCAAGGGCGCUUUGCUCGAAGCCGCUUCGGCGCUGUGGGACGAGAAAAAACAUGGCGAGAUGA